AUGUCUCCUUCCACAAGAUCAACCACAGAAAUGUCAACACCACCAACCAAAAAAGAUCAACUCGCCUCUAAAAUCGCCCACCUAAAACUCCGCCUCGCACCUCUCGUGCCCCUUCCCGCAGGCUCACCUCAUCCAGACUUCCCUCGCACACUGCUAGAUUACCAUCUCCUCACCGAAGAACAACUCGAUGGCAUUGCAUCCUACUACCAUCAAUCCACCCCGGGCAUAUGGACAUACCAAUACCCAGCCUGCAUGAACUGGGACAAGGAGAUGCUAGCAAAGCGACGAGCAAGUGUAGCCCAACACCUUCGUCGUGCAAGUCAGGUGGAGAGCAAUCAAUGGUGGGAGUCUUUGCUGGCGGCCGAGGAAGCUGAAAAUGCGGUUGUGGUUAAGCGGCGACCGAGUGUGCAGUUCACAGAGGGGCUUACGGAUGCGGAGAGGAUUUCUAUCAAGAGAAGGAAGUUUGGCAAGUUUAUCGGGUUGAUGAAUUGCGAGACGCCGGUUGAGGAGAUUGAGGGACGUUUGAGGGCGUCGAUGAAGAAGGCUAUUCGACUUGCGCAGGAGGAGUUGAGAAGAGCCGAGGAAUGGGAGCUUAGACGGUCGAAAAUGGCUUGA